AUGCCGGAAUCAACAGUUGGAGAUACUUGUGUCAUUACAGACUUACCAUCUCUGGAACAGUAUUAUCAUGGCUACAUUGAUCGAGCUGAGGCGGAAAAGCGUUUGCAGAGUUUUGGGAUAGCGAACAGUUAUCUUCUUCGUCUCAGUCGUGCAGCACACGGCGGUGAUACAUGGGAGGAUAUUUACGUUCUCUCAUACCUCUCUUCAACCUUUGCUUGUUUUCAUUUCAGACUUAUUCCUCGUUUUAAUUGUUUUCAAAUUGGUGGGAGAUUCUUCGAUAGCUUAGACGGAUGUUUGUCAAGGUAUUACACUCGUGACAUAAUGACAGGAGAGCGACUUAAGCAUCCCAUCCCACCUACAAGCCUUCCAAUUGAAUAUCAUACUCAACGUUUACGGGCCGUACAAGAUUUUGAACCAGAAAAUGGAUACGAUCGUCUGGGAUGUGUCGUUAAUGAUCGUUUCUUACUAAUCUAUGAAGAUCCAAAUUCCGAUUGGAUCCUUGCUACUUCUUUGAAAUCUCGUCACUCAGGUUAUUUACCGAAAUCAUGUGUUGAGAAAGAAUAUCCAGAGAUUAUUGAACGUUUAGACUUCUUCCACCCUGAUCCAACACCUCAUCCUAAAGAGUUACUAAAGAAAGCUGGUCCAUUUAGCUAUUUAUUACGCCCUUGUGAUUCACGUCCUGGCCUAUAUACAUUACUCUUAUACGAUGGAGUACGUGUUCAUGAACAUACAAAUGAAUUCAAUAAUGAAUCAUUAUCAUGUAGUAGUAAUAAUGAAGAUGAUAAAUCAGAUGAAUUUAAUAGAAAAUCUAAUAAAAUAUUUUUAACUAAUAAAAAUUUAGAAGAUAAUCAUAGUACAAAUGAAUUUGUAAAUUUUAAUAGAAAUUUUCAAUCUCCUCUUUAUCGUACAACUACUAAAAUACUGUAUAGCGGUACAACUUUUCCUAAUGUUGAAGCUGUAAUCACAGCUAUUGAAUCACAUCAUUGGGAUCUUUAUCAUACUGAAGAAUUGAACACUUUAAAUAUUUCCGAUGAUGGAUGUAAUUGUCCAAUUAAUGAUGAGGUUAAUGUAAAUGCAACAAAUGAUAUUUCAUCAGUAGAUAGUUCAAAUAUUAAUACAACAGUUCAACAUGUAUUUAAACCUCUCUACAGGAAGCGUAAACCUCAAGUACAUCCUCCCUCGUCUACUAUUUAUAUGGAUAUGUGUUAUGCACGUCAACCACCAACAUCUCAUCAAUCGGUAACUGAAAUUCAUGGGGAAUUGUCUAUUUGGUUACAACAAAGAAAGAAAUGGAAAUUAUGUUAUGCACAUUUAGAUAGAAAACAAAGUAUACUAACAUUGGUUGAUGGAGAAAAACGUAAACCUGAACGAUUUGAUCUUUCUAAAUGUGAUUUCUUUCCUAUCCAUUAUACAGUAUAUGAAAAGAAUUUUUGCUUUGGUUUAGUUUUAUAUGGUGCUUCAGCGGGAGAUCGAGAAGAAUUUGUUUUACGUGUAGAAGCUCCAUGUUCAUCAAAUAAAUUUCAUUCAAGUGCUAUUAGUUCAACAAUAUCUAGUCGAAUUAAUUUAUUCAGUAAUUAUGAUUUAGAUAUUAAUUCGUAUUCCGGUCGUCCUGAAGAACCACCGUACACACUUCAAAACUUAUCACACUCAUGCUGUCGUUUUGCAUGUGACUGGGCUGUUCGUUCAAAUGUAACCUCUGUAGAUAAUAAAUCUUUGUUGUCAUCAUCAACUUAUCCGAACGUGACCAAUUUAUCAGAAAAUAAUAAUAAUAAUUGUGAUUUGCCACCAGCCACUUGGGAGAUUGUAUACCAAAGAUGGGUGACGAGUUUGAAACGACAUUGUCGUAAUACAAAAGCCGAUUCAGCAACUGAAGACAAUGUAUCACUUAGGCAAACGAACUUAAGAUGUUAUCGCAACCUUGAGAUCAAGUUCAAUAAUGCCAAAUUAAUGCCAACGUCAUCAUCAAAAUCUCGCCGAGAUGAUUCAAUUUACUCUGUAAAUUUAGAUGGAUUUGAAAUUGGACGUGCCUACUCCGGGUCUUCUGUCGUUUCUAUUUUUUUAGAUGAAUUUCCGUUUGGUUUCAAAAAGAUUGAAGUUUUUAUGAAGGAAGAUAAACGUAAACGUUCACUCGCUAUUGAUUUUGAUAUAGUCCAAUACAAUGCUACUACAAAUUCCGGUGGUUCUACGAUUGCAGAUCAUGAUAAACAAGUUUCUGCUAGUAAUUCAUCAUCGGCAUCUCUCUCAUUAUCGUCAACGUCCCCUCUCCAUUAUUCAAUAUGUGAUACGCAAGAACGUAGCAAUGGUCAAGUAUCCAUUAUUUAUAAAGAAUUACACGUAAUUCCUUUUCAAUAUUAUGAAGGUUUUCGUCAGACAAUAAGAAACUAUAUGAAUUCUGAAUUCAUACCUCUUUGUAUUCAUGUUUGGAAAUCAUUUGCACACAAUAUGAACCAAAUGAAUUUUGUUACCAGUCUAUUAUUAACAACAAUCGAAUUGAAUUGUCAUUUAGAGUUGAUUGUCAAUUUACUACGAAUUGAAGUAAAUAAUGAUAAGCCAAGUGCUUCUUUUCGGGGCAGUUCAUUGGGAGCACAAAUACUAGAUAUCUAUAGUACUACUGUGUGUUCAGCUUGGCGUAGUCAGUGUUUUCGACGUGUAUGUGAAAAAGCUCUGGAAGGUCCACCGUCAAUAAAAUCUAAUCAUUCAACUACAUCUUCAAACCCAUCUCUUAAUAUAAGUCAAAUUAAUAGUGCUAGCAAUAUAAAAUCAACAUUCAAUCAACGUCCUUCUGUUGAUAAAAGUUCUCAUCAUUGUACCAAUUCUACCAAUUCACAUUAUGCACUUACAACACGUCCAUAUUCAUUAUCAACUGGUGCCACUGGUUCAGUGAAAUUCGACCAAAUCUCAUCUACUACAUCUAAUCAAGGUUCUCUUCAACAUCAUCAUACACGUGAACAAGAGUGGCAUCACCAUUUACUCUCCAUUGCUGUGGAUGACUUGAUUACGUAUGUACGCACAUUUCCUUUACAAAUUCGUUGGAUCUAUUCAGAAUUACAGGCUUUAUAUUCACCUAAUCAUAGUAAUGUUGUUGUGUGUAAUCUAGUUUUUCUACGUGGUCUUUGUCCAGUGUUAUAUUCGCUUUCAUCUUUGGGUAAAACAAUUUGUUCAGAAUCGCUCAAUGGAUCUAUUCACGGUAUUUUAUCUGGUUUUCCUAAUGAUGCUUUCCAUCCAUCAUAUACAAAUUCAAUUACUAAUUCUUCUUAUCAUUCAUGGUCUUCUUUUCCUCAAUUAAAUUCUGGUGCGAAUUCACCAACUGUUCCAUCACAUGCAUCUGAAGCAUUUGCUUUAAUAGCUAAAACAUUAUUAGCUCUUGUCGGUCUAAAUGAAACACCGAAAACACAAGCUGAUGGUUUUUUAUCAUUGGAACAAUUUAUGAGUUUACGAACAAGAUUAUUAAAUGAAUUUCGUAUACCUAUUACUUCUCCAUUGUCAACAAAUGAAAUCAAACAAUUAGAACAGUUAUAUGAAACAGAUGCACGUAAAGCCAGUUGUAAAUCACUUAGUCGUGAAUUAGCUCAAUUAGCAUAUUAUUUAUUAGAAGCAUAUCAUCCGAAACAUCAGUCGACUACAAUUUGUCGAACAAAUAAUAAUUCCAUCAAUCACUUAAAUGAUACUACUACCAAUAAUAAUAGUAGUAGUAAUAAUAAUAAUAAUGACAUAUCCAAUUCUACAAUGAAUAACAAUUCUACACCGAUAAAAAAUCAUAAUCAUGAAAAUAAAAUUACAGAUAUUUAUCCUGUUUCAUUAGCACCGCAUAUUUAUUCAGUUCUAAUUGAUCUAGCUGAGAAAACGCAUCAAUUUGUACUGGCUAAUCGAUUGACUUAG